CCCGGAGGCUGUCGGGAAGUAGGCGGGGUGACGUGGGGUGGACGAGCUGCGCGGCGGGUUCGCCGAGAUCAGUGGCCGGCAGCAGCUGGUGCGGGGGGCGGCCGGAGCGAGAGGUGGCGCGGGCGGUGUGUGGCCGGGGCCAUGACGGGCAAUGCCGGGGAGUGGUGCCUCAUGGAAAGCGACCCCGGGGUCUUCACCGAGCUCAUUAAAGGAUUCGGUUGCCGAGGAGCUCAAGUAGAAGAAAUAUGGAGUUUGGAGCCUGAGAAUUUUGAAAAAUUAAAGCCAGUUCAUGGGUUAAUUUUUCUUUUCAAGUGGCAGCCGGGAGAAGAACCAGCGGGCUCUGUGGUUCAGGACUCCAGACUUGACACGAUAUUUUUUGCCAAGCAGGUAAUUAAUAAUGCUUGCGCUACUCAAGCCAUAGUAAGUGUGUUACUGAACUGUACCCAUCAAGAUGUCCAUUUAGGAGAGACAUUAUCAGAAUUUAAGGAAUUUUCACAAAGUUUUGAUGCAGCUAUGAAAGGUUUGGCACUGAGCAAUUCAGAUGUGAUUCGACAAGUACACAACAGUUUCGCCAGACAGCAAAUGUUUGAAUUUGAUGCGAAGACAUCAGCAAAAGAAGAAGAUGCUUUUCACUUUGUCAGUUAUGUUCCUGUUAAUGGAAGACUAUAUGAAUUAGAUGGAUUAAGAGAAGGACCGAUUGAUUUAGGUGCAUGCAAUCAAGAUGACUGGAUCAGCGCAGUGAGGCCAGUCAUAGAAAAAAGGAUACAAAAGUACAGUGAAGGUGAAAUUCGGUUUAACUUAAUGGCCAUUGUGUCUGACAGAAAAAUGAUAUAUGAACAGAAGAUAGCAGAGCUGCAAAGACAGCUUGCUGAGGAACCCAUGGAUACAGAUCAGGGUAAUAAUAUGUUAAGUGCUAUUCAGUCGGAAGUUGCCAAAAAUCAGAUGCUUAUCGAAGAAGAAGUACAGAAAUUAAAAAGAUAUAAGAUUGAAAAUAUCAGAAGGAAGCAUAAUUACCUACCUUUCAUUAUGGAAUUGUUAAAGACUUUAGCAGAACACCAGCAGUUAAUACCACUAGUAGAAAAGGCAAAAGAAAAGCAGAAUGCAAAGAAAGCACAGGAAACCAAAUGAAGAAGAUGCUUUGGGAUGUGUACACAUUUCUGCUUCUGCACUUAUUUUCAUGGAAACCAUUAAUUAUAAAGAACUUUGAGCAACAUCCUAAUUGACUCAGUGCACGUUUGGCAGUAGUACCAGUCUGUCUCGUCUUUAAUGCAUGGAUUCAUAAACUUUUUCCCUACCUGCAUUGUGUGCAUGUAGUGCCUAUUAGGUAAAAGUGAUGUUAAGAGUGCUUGCUCAAAUUCCAUUAUUUGACAUUGGUACUCUUGUUGAUUCUCUGGAUAUGUAACUACCGUAAUGAACCUAGAAAAUGCACAAAUGAUGUUCUCUACCUGUAAUUGUUAUAAUUAAUCUUUUGAUCUUUUAGCUCAGUUAAAUGCUUAAAAUUUAUAAAUAUCAGAUCUUGAUUAAACUGAAUCUUGUUUCUUCUCAUCAUUAAUGGGAAAAAAUCAGUAUUUCUGUCUUUGAUAUCUAACUAUUUUGAGGAUUAUAAAACUGAAUUUUAUCUCCUAUACCAGUCAUUGCAAAAAGUGUAAUUUUAAUGCAGAUCAUUGAAAAGGACAAAAGUACAGUUUCUAGUGAUUUUCAUUGCUGCCAGUAGAAAAAAUAAUAAACAUCCCAAUUUUAUUUUAGCAAACUUUCUGUAAGUGUUUGGGGUUAUGUAUGUUUUGUAGAGUUGUUUCAGGAAGGUGUGAGUAAUGUGCUUCAAAGUUUCAGGUUAAGAACAAAUUGUAAAUCUUAAAGAUUUUUGGUGUCAUUCUCAGUUUGGCAACAUGUUUCAAGCUGUUAAGCUGUAUCUUUAUAAAAAAUCAGAGGUUUGACAAUUCAGGCUAUCUGCUUUUUAAAAAAAGGAUAAUGGUUGUGGGGGAGGAUUCUUCUGUGCCAAUCUGAACAAAAUUACUGUAGCCCAGUAUUUUCCAUGAGCCAUGUACAGUUUACCCACAGUGGAGUUUUUUUUAAUUGCUUUGAGGAGUUGCUUUGUUUUUUAUUUUAUAAAAUAAUAUUGUAUUCUUGCUCCUAAUCGUCUUUUCCAAGUUAAACUUUAAAAGAGAUUUUAUAAAACUUCUUUUUAUAAAGGAAAUAAUCUACUUUUUUUUCCCCCUAGGCACAUUUCUGAAAUUAAUGCAUGCCUUUUUAACAGUUUAUUAUGGAAAAGUUUAAAUGUAUGUAAGGAGACUGUGUACCCAUCUUCUAGCUUCAAACACAUGAAGUUUUUAGGGAUUAUUUUUAAGCGUACUACAUUGUGGUAUUAUUAAAUAACUAAGUUGAGAAAACCUGGUGGGAAAUGGAAUAGAAAAAUUAAUGAAAUAUUUUUCAUACAUAAUUUCAGUUGAAGGUAAUAAAGAAGAAUUUGUACUUUUUCAUUUGUUUCUGGGUAAAUAUAUUUUGCUCUAGAUACGAUAGUAAUUA